AUGUAUAAAUCAAAUUUACUCAGUCUUUUUGUGCUUCUUCUUACUAUUGUUUUUACAAAUAGUAGUCCACCUGCGAAGGAUGUGUUCGAAGCAUUACGUUCCGUUUGUACGGGUAAAUUUCAAGGUGGUAUUUGUCCAUAUGCUAUUGCCUAUGAUAUUGCCACACAGUUGGCUGGUAAUUGGUAUAAUCGCGAUGGAGCUAAUGGUUUAUGGUCAGAUGGAAGUCCUAGUAUAUGGUGGCCUAGUGGAGUAGGCUUAUGGGCAUUGGCUGAGUUUUUUAAUACAAUGGAAGGAAGAGCUACGAAUAAAUUAUAUCUUGCCACACGAUGGGCUGCAAUUGAAACAGCUAAAAAUCAAAAUAAUUAUGUUCAUACUAAAUUUACAGAUGAUCAAGCUUGGUGGGCAAAUGGUGCCCUCCGUUUAGAACAAUAUAUUCGAUCAACUGGUGAUGCCACUCAAGAUCUCAUUAAGGCUGCACAAGCUGUUAUCGAUGAUAAUGUUGUACAUGAAACAGGAGAAUGUGGUGGUGGAGUCUAUUGGUAUUAUGGAAAUCCCCCUCCUUCUACCACUGAUAAAGCUACAAUAUCAAAUGUCCUAACUAUUUAUACAAUGGCUACAAUGUAUUCCUUCACACGUGAUCCAACAUUACUUCAGGGUGGCGCACGUGGUGGAGCAAUUGAUAUUUAUAAUUGGUUAGUUUCAACGGAUUUGCUCAAUCCUCAAACAGGCUAUCAAAGAGAUACAAUGGAUACUGCUAAUGGACAAUGCCAGUUGAGGGGUGGUUCUUUGACCUAUGAAUACGGUGUUCUAGUACAAGCACUCAUGGCUUUAGCUGAUGCAACAGGUAAUCAACAAUAUAUCACACAUGCAAUGACCUAUAUUCGCAAUGCUCUCAAUCAAUUUACACGAAAUAAUAUUGUUUAUGAAGGAUGUGAUGAUACAAACACAUGUAGAGGAGAUCAAAUUGCAUUUCGAGGAAUUUUUUAUCUUGGUCUUGCUCGUUUAUAUGAACGUACACGAGAUAAUGCAAUAGCUCAAGUCAUUGAAGCAUCAUACUUUGCUAUGCUCUCUCGUAAAGUGGGCAGUCGAUAUCCACUCUCUCUAAUCAAUGACAAUAAUAAUUUUAGUGGUAAUGAUCUAAUUGUUGUUACUAUUGGUGAUCUCAAUCUUGCUUCUGCAAUGAUUAAAGUAUAUAAGUAUAAGUAUGCUGCGCCAAUUGUACCUAAUAUUGAUGUAGCCAUCAAUGGAUUGUUGCCAUUCGAUGUCACACAUCAAGGAUUAACUGGAUGUGUAUGUGAUGAUGUCGGCUGUCCAACGGGACAUUAUAUGCAAUGCUUUUAUGAUUCGGGUCAUAAAGAUGGAACAGAUGGUCAACAUUGGAAUGAUAAAGUAUCAGCAAUAUUAAUUGGACCUGGUCAUCAAAUGAUGUUAUUCAAACCGAAGGGUGCUGGUCAUAGUGAUUGGUUAAAAAAUAGUCAAUGGUAUGUUGGUGAUGAAUUCAAUGAUAAAGUAGAUUCUAUUAAUAUCGAUUAUUAA